AUGUCUUGCUGUGAAAAUUCGCCAUCACCGUCUUCCAACGAGACCAAACAGUCUACAUCUCCAAGCCAGAAAGAAGGUUCUCAGCCUCAGGGAGUUCUAGCCAGCUUGUCUCCAGUAUUCUUUGCCCUGCUUCACAGUUCUUGCUGCUGGCUUCCUAUUCUCCUUGACUUCCUAUCAAUUGGGACUGCGUCGGUGAGCAUCUUCGAGCGUUUACGGCCUGCCUUCCUGCUCUUCACUCUUCUCACGCUGGGGUGGAGCGUGUACCGUAACGGAUUUGACAGUCGAAAUCUUCGUCGAAUAGCCGUGUCUGGCGUAUUCUUGCUGUGGCCACAUAUAUCUACCUUGCUUAAGAAACCCAAAUAUCACGCCGAGGGACACAAGAGCUGCCAUUGA